GCAACCGAUCGAAGGGGGGAGGGAGAGAGAGAGAGAGAGAUGGAAAGAAAGGGCUUAGUUAUAUGCAGUGUUGUGGCCCUUCUGGGGGUAUUAUCAGCCGUUACUGGUUUUGCUGCUGAAGGUACUAGGAUUAAGGCUUCGGAUGUUAAGUUUGUGUCCAAUACAAAAUGUUCUUAUCCUCGGAGUCCUGCACUUGGUCUUGGCUUAACUGCUUCAGCAGCACUUCUGAUAGCUCAUAUAAUCAUUAAUGUUACAACAGGGUGUAUUUGCUGCAAAAUAACCAGUCAAAGUUGGAACUCUAACUGGACAAAAGCUCUUAUCUUCUAUGUUGUUUCUUGGUUCACAUUCAUUAUAGCUUUCCUUCUCUUGCUAACUGGUUCUGCACUCAAUGAUCAACAUGGUGAAGAGAGCGUGUACUUUGGCUACUACUACUGUUAUGUCGUGAAACCCGGAGUCUUUGCCGGGGGAGCUGUCUCAGCCAUUGCAAGCGUCGUGUUUGGGAUCUUAUAUUAUCUCACUUUAAACACCGCAAAGGCCACAAGUGGUCCUUGGGGCACUGCAGCUGUUCCGAAUCAAGGUGGCAUAGCCAUGGGACAACCUCAGUUCCCACCCCACCAGACCUCACAAGAUCCUGUUUUUGUACAUGAAGAUACUUAUAACAGGCGGCAGUUCACUUGAUCGGAAAACUUCGAUAACACUCAAGAAUUGUACGAGACUUUGUUUUAGCUGCAUGCAUUGCCUAUGUUGUAGCAAAUUGUAUAAACUUGUUUCGGGUAAGGAUUCUUAGCCAACAAACUUUAAGCAAAAAA